AUGAGUCCAAAUAAGAUCAACAUCACAAUAACCCCGUCGUUUGACGAGGUUAGAGCCUUGACACAAACCGGAAACUGUGUCCCUGUGUUUGCAUCGGAACAAUCCGAUCAACUCACACCUGUCUGCGCCUUCCUCAAGCUUGGAUUAGAGGCUAAAUACGGCUUCCUGCUCGAAUCCGUGUCUGGAGGUGAGCAAAUCGGACGGUAUUCCUUUGUCGGCAGCAAUCCAUACGACGUUGUAGCAUGCACAGGUACAGACCCACUAACUACGGUGGAGGAUAAGCUCAAGAACAUCCGCUUCAAGGAGGUCAAAGGCCUGCCCUGUCUGACGGGAGGGGCUAUUGGUUACAUCGGCUUUGACUGCAUUCACUCGUUCGAGCCCAAAACCGCUCGACCUCUGCAGGACGAUCUUAAAGUGCCUGACUCUAUCUUCAUGUUCUGCGACGAGUUGGUUGCCUUCGAUAGAGCGAAGCAGACGCACCAGGUCAUCUCCCACAUCCGGUUCGAGGGUGACUCCAUCAGCGACGUGCAGUUGCGUGAGCUUUACGACAAUGCGACGAGUAAGAUCCACGCGCUUGUACGACAAUUACGAGACCUUUACACGCCACAGCCCACCCAGAAACCCAUUGGGCUGGACAAUGUGGGGACGUCCAAUAUCGGACAAAGCGGCUACGAAGGCCAUGUGCACGCACUCAAGAAGCACAUUAAGCUGGGAGAUAUCAUCCAGGCGGUACCAAGUCAGCGCGUAAGCCGACCAACAGAUCUGCACCCGUUUAACAUCUACCGCAUGCUCCGCACCACCAACCCGUCGCCGUACAUGUUCUUCAUUCAUCUUAAAGACUUCCAACUGGUGGGAGCCAGCCCAGAGAUGUUGGUUAAAGUAGUCGACCGAGAGUUGGAGACACACCCCAUUGCAGGCACCAGAAAGCGCGGCGAAACCGAUGCCGAGGACAAAGCACUGAUGGAAGAGCUGCUGGCAGAUACAAAAGAGAUUGCAGAGCAUGUCAUGCUAGUGGACCUGGGCAGGAACGACUCCAACCGCGUGUGCGAACCCGACACAGUCAGGGUGACGUCCUUAAUGGGUAUUGAGAAGUACUCGCAUGUGAUGCACAUUGUCUCUAAGGUGAAGGGUAUGUUGAGGCCUGAGUGCUCUAUCUACGACGCUUUCCGCUCAAUAUUCCCUGCCGGCACUGUGAGCGGUGCACCCAAAAUUAGGGCCGUUCAGCUGAUCCAGGAGAUGGAGGGCAUUAAGCGCCACUUCUAUGCGGGUGCCGUGGGCUGGUUUAGUUACAGAGGAGAUACAGACACGUGCAUUGCUUUGCGUACCAUGAUGUGUCAGGAUGGAGUGGCUUACCUACAGGCAGGUGGAGGUAUUGUGUUUGACUCAGACCCCACGGCUGAGUACGAAGAAACGGUUCAUAAGAUGAAGUCCAAUGAUGACGCCCUGAGGCGUGCCGAGAUCUACUUUAAGGAGUACCUGAACUGCUAG